AUGCCAGAGGGGAACCAGAAGUUUGCCAUCAAGAACCUCUUCGAUGUCCAGGGUUGGACCGUCGUCGUGACCGGCGGCGGCACAGGCAUUGGCCUGAUGAUCGCGCAGGCAUUCGCGAACAACGGCGCGCGCGUGUACAUCACUGGACGUCGCACGGACGUGCUCGAGACUACUGCAAAAGAAUGGGGCUCGAAGCUGCUUCACCCUGAGGGCAGGAUCAUACCCAUGCCGACUGACAUCACGGACAAGAGCUCUAUCCAGAACCUCGCGCGAGAGGUCGCGACGCAUGAGGACCAUGUCGACGUGCUCGUGAACAACGCAGGUAUCGACGGGGACACGAGCACCAUUGAAAAGGGCGACGAGAGCGCGGAGGCUCUGCAGGAGCAGCUCUGGAGCGAGGAGAUGAAGAUGUGGGAGGAGGUGUAUCGCACGAACGUAAUGGGACAUUUCUUCACGACCGUCGCGUUCUUGCCCCUUCUGUCUGCCGCGACGAAGCGUGGUGUUGGACACACAGGAAGCGUCAUCAAUAUUUCGUCCAUGUCAGGCAUCACGCGAACGUCACAGCACCACAUAGCAUACAAUACCUCCAAGGCCGCUGCCAUCCAAUUGAACACGCUCCUCGCGCAGGAAAUGCGUCGUCCAGGUGUCAAGGUCCGCGUGAACUCUAUCGCACCCGGCAUAUUCCCUAGCGAGAUGUCCGCCUCGGAAUCGAACGCGCAAAACAAGUCGACGAUCCCGACAGACGACUCGUACGGCAAGAAGAAAGGCAUCCCUGCCGGACGGCCUGGCGGCGAGGAGGAUAUGGCACAAGCUGCGCUCUUCCUGGCGUGCAACCAAUACAUCUAUGGUCAGACCGUAACGGUCGACGGCGGAUACCUCCUUGAGCAUCCAUAG